UAGAGAGCUGCAGCAGCAGCGGCAGAAGAAGAAAAACAGCUGACUUCAGACUUUGUUUUUACGCACCGUGCUGUUGCUGCAACUUCAGGAGGGACGGUCUUCAACGGAGAGAAGAAAACUCCAACCAAAAUGCGGGUCAUCCAGAACCUAUAUGCUCGCACUGCUGUUCUAUUGGUGCUAUUAAAGCUGUCAGUUGCACAGUAUGAGCACCUCGGCUACCCCCCAGGCUACCCAUACCCAGAACAGGAAGAGUACACGGCCCCGCAGCUGGAUCCAGACACGCCCAGGAUUCAGCUCCGACUUGCAGGGCAAAAGAGGAAACACAAUGAGGGCCGAGUAGAGGUUUUCUACAACAACCAGUGGGGCACCGUCUGUGAUGAUGACUUCAACAUCCAUGCUGCCCAGGUGGUGUGCAGGGAGCUGGGCUACGUGGAAGCUGUCUCAUGGUUGCCAUCUUCUAAAUAUGGGAAAGGAGAAGGACCCAUCUGGUUCGACAAUGUCCACUGUACUGGCAAAGAAAAGACUUUGGCACAGUGUCAGUCCAACGGGAUCGGCAUUUCAGACUGCAAGCACAGCGAAGAUGUAGGAGUGGUGUGCAGCGACAAGAGGAUCCCGGGAUUUAAAUUUCUCAACACUCUGCCCAACCAUGUGGAGAAUCUUGACAUUCAUGUAGAGGAUGUGCAGAUUCGAGCCAUUCUGUCAUCCUACCGUAAGCGGAUCCCUGUGAUGGAAGGCUACGUGGAGGUCAAAGAUGGUGGCAAAUGGAAGCAGAUCUGUAACAAAGACUGGACCCAGUUUAACAGCAGAGUGAUCUGUGGCAUGUUUGGCUUCCCCGGGGAGAGGAAGUACAAUCCCAGAGUCUACAAGAUGUUUGCUCGCAGGAGAAAGCCCACAUACUGGGACUACUCUGUCAACUGCACUGGCAAUGAAGCACACUUGUCCAGCUGUAAACUGGGCCAGGCUGUACUGGAGAAGUCCAAUGGGACCUGCCCUAGAGGAUUGCCUGUGGUGGUGAGCUGCGUGCCUGGUAAAGACUUUGCCCCAACACUCAUGACGGGAUUUAGGAAGGCCUUCCGGCAAGAGCAACCAUUGGUUCGUCUCCGUGGUGGGGCCAUCGUAGGCGAGGGGCGAGUGGAGGUGUUGAAAAAUGGAGAGUGGGGCACCAUAUGUGAUGACAAGUGGAGCCUGCUGUCUGCCACAGUGGUGUGUCGAGAGCUGGGCUUUGGUACAGCAAAGGAGGCUCUGUCUGGAGGUCGCCUUGGACAAGGUAUGGGCCCAGUGCAUAUGAAUGAGGUGGAGUGUUCAGGAUUUGAGAAGUCCAUAACUGAGUGUUCGUUCAAUAAGGAGGCUCUGGGUUGUAGCCAUGAGGAGGAUGCAGCCGUCAGAUGUAAUGUCCCAAAAAUGGGCUUCCAGGAAAGGCUGCGUCUGAGUGGAGGUCGUAACCCGUAUGAAGGCCGUGUGGAGGUGCUGGUGGAGAGAAAUGGCUCUCUGGUGUGGGGGACGGUGUGCAGCGAGGGCUGGAGAACCAUGGAAGCCAUGGUUGUCUGUAGACAGCUGGGUCUGGGCUUUGCCAGCAAUGCUUUCCAGGAGACCUGGUACUGGUCGGGUGAGGUGAGCGCUGAUGCUGUGGUGAUGAGUGGCGUUCGGUGCUCUGGAACUGAGAUGUCUCUGUCCCACUGCCUGCACCAUGGAGCCCACCUCAGCUGCCCCAAAGGAGGCGGCCGCUACGCUGCCGGGGUCUCCUGCUCUGAGACGGCACCAGACCUGGUGCUGAACCCUCAGGUGGUGGAGCAGACCACCUACAUGGAGGAUCGGCCCAUGUUCAUGCUGCAGUGUGCAUAUGAGGAAAACUGCCUGUCCUCCACAUCCAGCGAGGUUCCUGCCAACACCUACCGCCGCCUGCUGCGCUUCUCCUCCCAGAUACACAACAAUGGCCAGUCCGACUUCCGACCCAAAGCUGACAAGCACUCGUGGGUGUGGCAUGACUGUCACAGGCAUUAUCAUAGCAUGGAGGUGUUCACCAUCUAUGACCUAUUCAGCCUGAAUGGAACCAAAGUGGCUGAAGGACACAAAGCAAGUUUCUGCCUGGAGGACUCAGAGUGUGAUGAAGGUAUUGAAAAGAGGUAUGAAUGUGCCAACUUUGGAGACCAGGGUAUUACUGUGGGUUGCUGGGAUACCUACAGGCAUGACAUCGACUGCCAGUGGGUCGACAUUACUGAUCUGAAACCCGGGGAUUACAUUUUCCAGAUUAUAAUUAAUCCAAACUACGAAGUGCCAGAGUCGGACUACACCAAUAACUUCACGAAAUGCAGAUGUCGAUAUGAUGGCCAUCGUGUGUGGAUGUACAGCUGCCAUAAUGGUGGCUCAUUAAGCAGUGAAACGGAACAGACAUUCCCGGGCCUCCACAGCAACCAGGUGACCCACAGGUAAAGACAGAGCAGAGGAGUGGAGUUAACUGGCCUAUGCUUUCAGCAGAAAGACCAGCUGAAGCCAACCAACCACUACACAUCUCAUCUACGUGGAUUCCUCUGACCAGCCAUGCCCUGGUCAAAGCAUCUGUUUUUACGCUCGCCUCAUCCAUGAGGCAGUCGCUUUCUUUGACCCUCUCCCCUCCCGUUUCCCUCCGGCAGACAGAAUAUUUGAUUCCCCCUUCUGUCCGUGCAGAGGCAGCUACUUUAACAACACUUCCAACCUCUCUGGUUAAGAGCAAGAGAACGGUGAAACUCUCUGUAUGCCCUGUGACAGAGAGAACUUGUUUUUACAGACCUGCAGGUUAGUGGCAGGUGUAUUACACAAGGCGAAGUAUCGAGGAAUGUCAUUACGAGUCUGCCUACUUUGAAAUGCAGCUUUUUAAAAGAACCCUGCUGCACUUCUUUUGUGUGUAUGUCUGUGUGUGUUUUUCCCCGAAACUCUCCCUGAAGAGUUUGGUUUGUCUGUGCCAGGUCGCCUGAAGAUUGACAGGAAUCAUCAAUAGCAAACACAGCAGCCUGUGUGUGGAAAUGCAGGCUAUUUUUCAUUCCAUUCAUUUUUUUUAGCAGUUUCAGAAAUGUUUUUUACAUGCUGAAGCCCAGAUAACUAAGCUUCCUAUUGCAAAUGUUAUUUAAGCGUCACAUCUUCAGUGAGGAAUUUUUUUCAAAUUAAGCUGUGGCAGAAGCAAUUUCUGCAAAGCAAAACAGCCCGUUCAUCACCAAUUACAAGUGCUAAUUGCCUGGUUCGGCUGGAAAACUAAUCUACCAUGGCUGAAACGUGACGUAUUAAAGUGCCUUAAAGUGCCCAAAGCCAUUUUAGCUCUGCACACUGCACUGACAAGAUUGUGGUCACAUUUCAUAGAAGAGUAGCACUAAAAGUCUCUGAAGAAGCUGAUCAUAUAAAAGUAUGUUGAAAGAAAUAUAGAAAGGAAUAUUAUAUUUCCUAUUUACAGCAAGCAAUAAUCACUUCUAAUAGGGGCUUUUGAUUUAGUAUGCCUGCCAACAUUACCUUAUGCUGGGCUAAAGCUGGGCAGACACUGUGCGAUUUUUUCAGUCGCGCGAUUCAGCUCGUGCUCAAACUGUGCGAUUGAC